AUGAGCGUCGACGCAUAUGGACCCAGUUCUCAAACGCUUACGUUUUUGGAUACCGAAGAAGCUGAUCUUAUCGGCGCAGAUACACAGGGCUCCGAGUUUGAAUUCACGGAUUUUACACUACCUUCCCAAAGUCAAACUCAGGCAUCACAACACGACCAUGGUUUGAGUGCCUCCAAUCAGAUCAACGGAUUGGGGCGCCCUGACCUAAAUUCGAAAGUUAGUAGCGUUGCUAAUGCUAUAGCAGAACUACAGUUUGAAGAAGAAGAUGAGGCAUUAUAUGGCAGUAAAGAGCUGCCUGAACAUGCCUGCAAGUAUUGCGGCAUCCAUGACCCAGCCACAGUGGUUAUGUGUAAUAUAUGCAAUAAAUGGUUUUGCAAUGGACGUGGUAAUACAUCUGGAUCCCAUAUUAUCAACCAUUUGGUAAGGGCUAAGCACAAGGAAGCCGCUUUGCAUAGAGAUGGGCCCCUGGGUGAAACAUUGUUGGAGUGCUACUCCUGUGGGGCUCGCAAUGUCUUUGUGCUUGGUUUCAUACCUGCUAAAGCAGACUCUGUUGUCGUGUUGCUUUGUCGCCAGCCAUGUGCAGCGCAAAGUUCUUUGAAGGAUAUGAAUUGGGAUCAGGAACAGUGGAAACCACUAAUUUCUGACCGUGCAUUCUUAUCAUGGUUGGUAAAAGUACCAUCAGAAACUGAACAAAUGCGAGCUCGUCAAGUUACCCCACAACAAAUAGGUAGACUUGAAGAGUUGUGGCGUGACAAUGUUGAUGCCACAUUUCAAGACCUAGAAAAACCAGGUGUAGAUGAGGAACCUCAUCAAGUGCUUCUAAGGUAUGAGGAUGGUUAUCAAUACCAGAACAUAUUUGGUCCAUUGGUUAAAUUGGAAGCUGAUUAUGACAAAAGACUCAAGGAAUCCCAGACCCAGGAAGGAAUAGAAGUCCGUUGGGAUGUUGGACUGAACAAGAAGACCAUUGCUUAUUUCACCCUUGCAAAAACAGACAGUGACAUGAAACUAAUGCAUGGAGAUGAACUACGAUUGAGAUAUGUUGGCGAGUUGCAUAAAACAUGGUCAGGUGUUGGCCAUGUUAUCAAAGUGCCUGAUAACUAUGGCGAUGACGUGGGCCUUGAAUUGAAGAGUGGCGCAGGAGCGCCGCUUGAAUGCACCUCCAACUUUGUGGUGGACUUCAUUUGGAAGAGUACCUCGUUUGAUCGGAUGCAGCAAGCACUUCGCAAGUUCGCUGUUGAUGACUCGUCGGUGUCCGGUUACAUCUACCGUCGCCUUCUCGGCCAUGAAGUUGAAGAAGUUCUGUUUCGUGUUCACCUGCCGAAACACUUCAGUGCUCCCAAUUUACCGGACCUCAACCGCUCUCAGGUAUACGCCGUUAAACAUGCACUUCAACGUCCUCUCUCCCUGAUUCAAGGUCCCCCGGGGACAGGUAAAACUGUUACAUCUGCCACGAUCGUAUACCAACUUGUCAGACAGAGCGGCGGGCCGGUGCUGGUUUGCGCGCCUUCCAACACGGCCGUGGACCAGCUAACCGAAAAGAUACACAGGACGGGGCUGAAGGUGGUCCGCUUGUGCGCCAAGUCGCGUGAAGCGAUGGAGUCCUCUGUUUCAUUUCUGGCGCUGCACGAGCAGGCGCGCGCCCUCGGCUCGGCAGACAGCGAGCUCCGGAAGCUGACCAGAUUGAAAGAGGAAGCCGGCGAGCUGUCUGCAGCGGACGAGAGACGAUACCGGGCGCUGCGUCGAGCCGCCGAGAGGAGGCUUCUGGACGCGGCCGACGUCGUCUGCACCACCUGCGUGGGCGCCGGGGAUCCGCGGGUGGCGCGGAUGCGUUUCCAGUCGAUCCUCAUCGACGAGGGGAUGCAGUCUACGGAGCCCGAGUGCAUGGUGCCAGUCGUCCUCGGCGCGAGGCAGCUCAUCCUCGUCGGCGACCACUGCCAGUUGGGGCCGGUAGUGAUGUGCAAGAAGGCCGCGAAGGCCGGCCUGAGCCAGAGCCUCUUCGAGCGUCUCGUGGUUCUCGGCAUCCGUCCGUUCCGCCUGGAAGUGCAGUACCGUAUGCACCCGGAGCUGUCGCGUUUCCCUUCCGACUUCUUCUACGAAGGGUCGCUGCAGAACGGCGUGAGCGCUGAGGACAGGAGGCUCCACAAAAUUGAUUUUCCCUGGCCACGACCAGACCGUCCGAUGUUCUUUUACGUGACUCAGGGGCAAGAAGAAAUCGCUGGAUCUGGAACGUCUUAUUUGAAUCGUACCGAAGCUGCUAACGUUGAAAAGCUGACGACUCGUUUCCUGAAAGCUGGCGUCCGUCCUGAGCAAAUUGGCAUCAUCACUCCUUAUGAGGGUCAGCGAUCUUACCUCGUUCAACAUAUGCAAUACCAAGGGAGCUUGCACGCUAAGCUUUAUCAAGAGAUCGAAGUGGCCAGCGUUGACGCAUUUCAAGGACGAGAGAAGGAUAUAAUAAUCAUGUCGUGUGUCCGCUCGAACGAGCAUCAGGGAAUCGGUUUCCUGAGUGACCCUAGGCGCUUGAACGUCGCUCUAACCCGCGCCAAAUACGGACUUAUCGUGGUCGGUAACCCGAAGGUGCUCAGCAAGCAGCCGCUGUGGAAUCACCUGCUGGCCUUCUACAAGGAGCGGCGCGUGCUCACGGAGGGGCCGCUCUCCAACCUGAAGGAGUCCGCAAUCCAGUUCGCAAAGCCGAAGAAGCUGGUGAACGCGCAGAACCCGGGCUCGCACUUCAUGUCGACGUCCAUGUUCGACGCGAGGGAGGCGAUGGUGCCGGGCUCCAUCUACGACCGGGCGCGGCCGCCCCGCGACCCGCUGGCGUACGUGGGGGCGCGCGUGGCGCCCAACGUGGGCGUGCCGCCGGCCGCCUUCCCGCAGCACGCCGCGCCGCGCACCAAACGCCGCCCCCCUCGCCUCUCGCAGGAGCCGCUCUCGCAGCAGCCGCCACUGUCGCUCUCGCAGGGUGCGUCGCAGCCCGACUUCAGCCAGGAGUCCGCCGCGCCCGACUGCCCCUCGCAGCCGGACGGGCUGCUGUCGCAGGACUCCACACCCCACUCCGCGGUGGAAGCGGACGCGCCACUGACGGGAGCAACGGAGCAACGCGCGCCCCGCCACGAGCGACGCUCGCAGGCGCGCGGGGCCGAGCGCCCGCCAACCGACGCCGGCCGACGGACACCGAACGGCACGCGUCACGCCGCGGAGCGUACGCACCCAAUUCCGACGCACGACGCUAAAACCUUUCGACAUAUACAGGGAUGGAAC